AUGGCGGAUGAGAGCAAGGCAAUAAACUACGUAAUGGAGGCGUCCUCCGGUCCGCACUUCUCUGGCCGACGACUCGACUCUGCUGCUGCUGCUGCUUCACCCUCUCCCACUCCCACUCCCACUCCCUCUUCCUACCCCUUCCGCGAUUUCCCCACCCACAAGCAGCCAUUUGUCAUCGGGGUUUCGGGAGGAACGGCAUCAGGGAAGACUACAGUUUGUGAUAUGAUUAUUCAGCAGCUGCAUGAUCACCGUGUCGUGCUUGUGAAUCAGGAUUCUUUCUACCGAGGUUUGACUCCUGCAGAGUUGAAACGUGUGCACGAGUAUAAUUUUGACCAUCCAGAUGCUUUUGACACAGAGCAGCUCCUUGAGUGCGCUGAGAAGCUUAAGUCCGGACAAUCUGUUCACAUUCCAAUUUAUGACUUUAAAACACAUCAAAGGUGCUCAGACGACUUCCGCCAGGUGAAUGCAUCUGAUGUAAUCAUAUUGGAGGGAAUCCUUGUCUUCCAUGAUCAGCGAGUGAGGAAUAUGAUGAACAUGAAGAUUUUUGUUGACACAGAUGCUGAUGUGAGGCUUGCUCGUAGAAUAAGGCGUGAUACGGUUGAGAGGGGUAGGGAUAUAAACUCAGUUCUUGAACAGUACGCAAAGUUCGUCAAGCCUGCUUUUGAUGAUUUUAUUCUGCCGUCGAAGAAGUAUGCUGAUGUUGUUAUACCCCGUGGCGGUGACAAUCAUGUCGCAAUUGAUUUGAUUGUACAACAUAUUCACACAAAGCUUGGGCAGCACGACCUGUGUAAAAUAUAUCCAAAUGUGUACGUUAUUCAGUCGACUUUCCAGAUCAGAGGUAUGCAUACCCUGAUUCGAGAUCGAGAUAUAUCAAAACAUGAUUUCGUAUUUUAUUCAGAUAGGGUUAUCCGCCUGGUUGUGGAGCAUGGUCUUGGUCAUUUACCCUUCACUGAGAAGCAAGUUGUCACUCCAACAGGGUCUGUAUAUACUGGUGUUGACUUUUGCAAGAAGUUGUGUGGAGUUUCCAUUGUUCGAAGUGGUGAAAGCAUGGAAAAUGCAUUGCGUGCUUGUUGCAAAGGUAUAAAAAUUGGGAAGAUUUUGAUCCACCGUCAUGGUGAUAAUGGCAAGCAGCUUAUAUAUGAAAAACUUCCAAAAGACAUAUGCGAACGCCAUGUCCUGCUCCUUGAUCCAGUUCUGGCAACAGGAAAUUCUGCAAAUGAGGCAAUUGAGCUACUCAUACAGAAAGGAGUUCCAGAAUCACAUAUUAUAUUCCUGAACCUCAUAUCAGCGCCAGAGGGAAUACAUUGUGUUUGCAAACGUUUCCCCUCGUUGAAAAUUGUGACAUCGGAGAUAGAUGUUGGAUUGAAUGGAGAAUUCCAAGUGAUUCCAGGUAUGGGAGAAUUCGGUGACCGCUACUUUGGGACUGACGAUUAA